CCAAAAUGUCAUUUGCAAUAAAAAUUCUCCCGGUUGUCCUUGCUCGCGGUCUGAUUUGGUUUUAAUUUUUACAUUAAAAAUUUUGCAAUGUGGUUUUUUUAAUUUUAAAAUAAAGUCGGUGUAAAGAAUUUGAUUUUCUGCCUUUCUUCCACCAGUGUAACUAUUCAUCCCAAUUAUGAGCAAGCCUGGUACUCCACCCCCUCCACAAACCUUCAACCCUCUUCCAAAGAUCAUCAAUGGAGGUAUUGCUGGAAUCAUAGGUGUUUCUGUCGUAUUCCCGCUGGAUCUGGUCAAAACUAGAUUGCAGAACCAAACAAUAGGUCCAAAUGGAGAGAAGCAAUAUAAAAACAUGUUGGAUUGUUUCCGCAAAACAUACGCGGCGGAGGGUUACUUCGGUAUGUACCGGGGGUCGGCGGUGAACAUCAUUUUGAUCACGCCGGAGAAAGCCAUCAAACUAGCAGCCAAUGAUAUGUUCCGGUUUUACCUCACACUGCCUGAUGGUUCGCUACCAGUAUUCCGACAAAUGAUAGCCGGCGGCAGCGCGGGUGCUUGUCAGAUCGUCAUCACCACACCUAUGGAACUGCUGAAGAUUCAGAUGCAGGACGCUGGCCGAGUCGCUGCUCAGGCCAAAGCUGAGGGCCGCAAGUUCGAGCGUGUCACAGCAAUGCAGUUAACACGCAAGCUGAUCGCGGAGCGCGGUAUCUUCGGCCUGUACAAGGGAAUAACGGCCACUGCCGCUAGGGACGUGUCCUUCAGUAUCAUAUACUUCCCGAUGUUCGCUACGCUCAACGAUCUCGGGCCUAAGGAGCCGGGUGCUACUGGACCACCUUUCUGGUGGUCGUUCGGUUCCGGUUGCCUCGCGGGCUCAUCAGCGGCGCUCGGCGUGAACCCGUUCGACGUGGUGAAGACGCGCAUGCAGACGCUCACCAAGGGCAGCGGCGAGCGGCAGUACUCGUCCAUCGUGGACUGCAUCACGCAAACAAUGAAACACGAGGGACCGACCGCUUUCUUCAAGGGCGGAGCUUGCCGUAUGAUUGUCAUCGCACCACUGUUCGGUAUCGCGCAAACUAUCUAUUACCUAGGUCUAGCUGAAAACUACCUAGGUAUCAAAUAAAUAACCACCCGCUUCCGAAACAAUACACUUGUUUAACUCACAAUGCAUUUAUAAUGUUUGUUUCAAUGCUAUUUAUGUUUCUGAAAACACUGAAUAAUGGAACAAGUUGAAAAUUUUAUAGAAAAUAGUAAAAUUCUAAGUAUAUUUGGUUUUAAAAAUAUUUGUGCUUAGAAGUUUCUAAAACGCAACAGAAUAGUACUAUUUUCUACGAUUUAGAAAAUAAUGAACAUAAUCAAAUGAAAAAUCGCGAAAAAUUAUAAUAAUAAUUUACUUGUGCGUUAAUAAAAUGGAGCUUUCUAUGGUAUUACUCUAUAUUCUCAAUGUUGAUAAAUUAACAUGUAUUAACUUUUAAUUAAUUACAAUAUAAUAUUUCUAGUUAAUUUAUUUUGGUUAUAUCAUGUUCACUUUGAGUAUUAAAUUGUUAGCUAGCUAUUUAUUGCAUUUUAUUCAUUUUUCUAUGAAGUAUAAAACAAAUUCUAGUAUAAUUUAUGUUUAGCUCAAUUUAUUUUAAAAUUUUAGUUUAAGCUUG